AUUUGAGGUAUUGUGUCAAGCUUUUAUAAACGUUUAUUAAGCAGAAUACACCAACUAUGGAAAGUGAGGGCGCUGUGCCGAUACUGGCCGUCCCCUCUGAGACUAUAAGUUUUAACGAAUGGAACAUUACCGUUGAGAGGUCUAAUAUUUUGAAGAGUAUGUGUACUCAAGGCGCCAAUGUGUGCGAGAAAAAUUCUGCAAAUUGUUGUGAGCUAUGUACCUACAAACACGCACUGAACUUGCCACAUUUGCCAGGCUUGGUGUUUCACAAGAACAAACUGAUGCUGGAAAAUAAAUAUGGUGCAAAAAUGCAGUUUGGGCCAAUGGAUGCGCUAAAAUUCGUUGACAAUGGCAAAGAUGAAGCCUUGGAAGUAGCCUGCGCUCAGAAAUGGUGUGACACACGUUCUGAACUGAUGAAAUGCAAGCGUUUCGAUUGGACAUUCACAUCACCAUAUCAGGGAACACUAAACGAAGAGUUUCGCGCUGAACCGACAGACAUUCCUAUAAAUAAAGACAAGCUUUUGCAGCGCGAGGAUAUAUUGUUCUUUGAUGAUAUUACACUCUAUGAGGAUGAGCUGCAUGAUCAAGGCAUCUCGAAAAUGAGCGUAAGGAUUCGAGUUAUGGCUUCAGGAUUUUUGAUCCUUCUGCGUCAUUUCCUGCGUGUUGAUGAUGUACUUAUACGCUUGCACGACACGCGUUUCUAUUGGGAAAUUGAGAAUGACUAUAUCCUUAAAGAGUUCGUGCAUCGUGAGGCUCCAUGCUCUCUACUGCAGGACGUCAUAAGCAUCUGGACAAAUCCGGAUGAGCUGCAAAAUUACCUUCCAGUCGCAGUUAGGGAACUGCACAAGCUAUACUUUUAAUCACAUAUUGAAAAUGUACAUGCC